GGUCUGGAAGAGCAUUCCUACUGGAUGACCCAACAGUGGGCUCUACUGGGGCGUCUCCAAGCAACAAGUCAUCCUUCUGGAGCCCUGGCCUCCACUCAGGAUUCUGCUUGCUGCCAUCACCAUGUGAGCAGCUACCAGAGCUCAUCAGGACACCUCCCCACAGCAUUCUGGAUGCUAAGUCUGGUGUAAUCUUCCAGCAGAAAACCAUGAUUCCAUCCAUCCCAGAGGCCACUCCGGUAGCUGCCUGACCCUUCUUGACACUUGCAGGUCCCAGAAACCAAGAUGCAUCCACUUUGGAGGCUCCUGGUCCUUCUCUGUUUGCUGUCCUUGCCCUCAGCACUGCAUAAGCAGCCCUGGCCUGACAUGGCCAAGGCCCACACGAACAGCAAAUCCACCCUGGUGAGAAUUAUUACCCAGGGCCUCACCAUGCACAAUGCAGAGGGCCGAAUCCAGAACAUCUGCCUCCUGGACAGUCUGAAUGCCUCUGGACAGGUGGCCCCAGGGAUGGUGGGCUGGCUACUCGGCGGUGGCAUGAGCCUCCAGCAGCAGAAAGAAGGCAGUGCCAACAUCACCAACAUUCACCUGGACCAUGGCAGGACCCAGAUGUCUUUCCACAAGGAGUGGCUCUCAGCAAAAAUCUCACUUGAAUUUGACAUUGACUUGAGACUGAAGCCCUUCAAUAACAAGACUGCAAAGACACGCGCAUGCAUGAACGUCGCUGUGGAGUUCUGGCUGGAGAAAGACGAGUUUGGCCGGAGGGAUCUGGUGAUAGGCAAUUGCCACGUGGAGCCUAGCAGUGUCUACACAACAGUCCUAACAGAAGAUGUCUCAUCAAAGAUGAAACAUUUUCUCCACAAUUUUAGACAAAAUCUGGAAAAAGCUAUCCCACACCUGAUAGAAGAUCAGGUAUGUCCUCUGAUCAGAGAAAUCCUCAGGCAGCUGGAUGUGAAACUGUUGAAACACCUCAUGGAACAGACUGCUGCUCAUGAUCUCAACCUGUGAGUCCAGGCCACCCCAUGUCAGGUUUGAGUGUUCAGCUUCCUAUUGAUGAUCGGAAGGAGAUUGAUUCCACAUCUUAGGACCUUAAGUCUCCCUUAGAGCAGGGCUUCCACUGCCCAGAAAUCCUUUACCACAGAGCAUGUGGAUAUCCUGUCCUCCCCCAUAGUAAACUGUAGCUCUGAAGGGUACAGAGGACCCCCUGCCUGGGCCCUGAGCUUGGGCUCC